GCGCGCACACCGUCACUCUCACCACCUUCACACCUUUCUUUCGCUCCCUUACCUCCUCCCUCCUCUCCUCCAACCCUAACCACAUACAUCAACGGCGGACUGGACCAAAAUGCUCAGCAGCAGGACUUUCACCACCGCCCUGCGCUCGUCCCGCUCCACCCUCGCUCGGACAUAUGCUACCACGAGCAACAGCCCGACGGCCAAGUUUGAGGGGAGGAAGAACGCUGGGGGCAAGUAUGUCGUGACACUCAUUCCUGGUGACGGCAUUGGUCCCGAGAUCUCCGAGUCUGUGAAGCAGAUUUACACUGCUGCGAAAGUGCCCAUCGAAUGGGAGGAAGUCUCGGUCGAGCCGAUCCUGAAGGAUGGCAAGACUGCGAUCCCGGACGCGGCGAUCGAGAGCGUGAAGCGGAACACGGUUGCCCUGAAGGGGCCGUUGGCUACUCCCAUUGGGAAGGGUCACGUUUCGCUCAACCUCACCCUCCGCCGGACGUUUAACCUGUUCGCUAACGUUCGCCCAUGCGUUUCCGUCCAGGGCUACAAGACGCUGUACGAUGAUGUGAACACUGUGCUGAUCCGGGAAAACACCGAGGGAGAGUACUCUGGCAUCGAGCACGAGAUUGUCGACGGUGUUGUCCAGUCGAUCAAGCUGAUCACCUACCCCGCCUCGGAGCGUGUCGCCCGGUACGCGUUCCACUACGCUCAAGCCAACGGCCGCAAACAUGUCACGGCCGUCCACAAGGCGAACAUCAUGAAGAUGUCCGACGGGAUGUUCCUGAACGCCUGCCGACAAGUGGCGAAGGAAUACCCAGAGAUUAAGUACGAUGAGGACCUGCUCGACCGCGUCUGCCUCCAGGUCGUCCAAAACCCCAAACCCUAUUCCGAGCGCGUCAUGGUCAUGCCCAACCUGUACGGUGACAUUCUUUCCGACAUGUGCGCAGGCCUGAUCGGCGGCCUCGGCCUGACCCCCUCCGGUAACAUCGGCCGCGACGCGUCCAUCUUCGAGGCCGUCCACGGCUCGGCUCCGGACAUCGCCGGAAAGGGCCUUGCUAACCCUACUGCUCUCCUCCUCUCGUCGCUCAUGAUGCUGAGGCAUAUGGAGCUCUACGACUUCGCGGAGAAGAUCGAGAAGGCUGCUUUGGGCACCAUCGCUGAGGGCAAGACGAUCACCGGUGAUCUGGGUGGCAAGUCCUCAACCAAGGAGUACACCGCCGCUAUCAUCGCCAAGCUCAAAUAGACAGUGACGCAGCAUAGAUUCCGUCCAGGAGCUGGGGAUCCAGUUCAGCAUGGCCCUGGCUCUUGUACCUUGCUUUGGCCAUGUGACUGGCGCUGGAUGUGGACUGGACGUCCACGGAAGGCAGUAAAAUUAUUUGCAAAAACGUACAUAAUGGAACGUUAUAUUUAAUGUGCAUGCCAUUGUACUCAUGCUU